AUGCUCGUGGCCACUGCCUCUCGGGACCCCACGGUGCUCACGGCCGGGGGCCCCCCAGCGCCUGCCCCGCGUCCCUCCCCCACUCCUUCUCCUUCCCCUGGGCCAGCGGUUCCCACCCUGGGUGUCCGUAAACUUGGAUGCGCCGCCACUCUGACUGAUUGGCUUUUGCUUCUGGAGCCUCGGCUCCGCGAGGUGGUGACCAGCUCCUGGUUUGCCGCCUGCCAGAGGAGAGUCCCGUACCCCAACCCCUCUGUGGGCUUCUCCCGGCAAUCCUGUACAGGGACCUCAGACACCCAGGUUUCUGCCGGCUCCGCAUGCAGAAUCCCGUCCUCGCGGAAUCCUUGCUGCGCCGGGGUCUCGGGCCAGCGCCGUCUCAUUGGGCCUUGCCAGUCUGGCCCUUCAGGCACCGCAGAGGCGCUCAAACUGGACUUCACGGGCCGAGCCCUCUUUGCUCGCCAGCACCAGUCCCGGGGUGCAGGCGCAGGUCUCCACCAGCUGACCAGCCCGAGGUACAAGUUCAACUUCAUCGCGGACGUGGUGGAGAAGAUCGCGCCGGCCGUGGUCCACAUAGAGCUCUUCCUGAGACACCCCCUGUUUGGCCGCAAUGUGCCCCUGUCCAGCGGCUCGGGCUUCAUCAUGUCGGAGGCCGGCCUGAUCGUCACCAACGCCCACGUGGUGUCCACCUCCAAUGCCGUCUCGGGCCGGCAACAACUCAAGGUGCAGCUGCAGAAUGGAGACACGUACGAGGCCACCAUCAAAGACAUCGACAAGAAGUCGGACAUCGCCACCAUCCAGAUCCACCCCAAGAAGAAGCUCCCGGCCCUGCUGCUGGGCCACUCGGCAGACCUGCGGCCCGGCGAGUUUGUGGUGGCCAUCGGCAGUCCGUUUGCCCUGCAGAACACGGUGACCACGGGCAUCGUCAGCACGGCCCAGCGGGACGGCAAGGAGCUGGGCCUCCGGGACUCCGACAUGGACUACAUCCAGACAGACGCCAUCAUCAACUACGGGAACUCCGGGGGACCCCUGGUGAACCUGGACGGAGAGGUCAUCGGCAUCAACACGCUCAAGGUUGCGGCCGGCAUCUCCUUCGCCAUCCCCUCGGACCGCAUCACACGCUUCCUCACGGAGUUCCAGGACAGGCACGCCAAAGACUGGAAGAAGCGUUUCAUCGGCAUACGGAUGCGGACCAUCACCCCGAGUUUGCUGGAAGAACUGAAAGCCAGCGACCCAGACUUCCCAUCGGUCAGCAGUGGGAUCUACGUGCAGGAGGUCGUUCCAAACUCACCUUCUCAGAGGGGGGGCAUCCAAGAUGGCGACAUCAUCGUCAAGGUCAACGGGCGCCCGCUGGCGGACUCGAGCGAGCUGCAGGAGGCCGUCCUGACGGAGUCCCCUCUGCUGCUGGAGGUGCGUCGGGGGAAUGAUGACCUCCUGUUCAGCAUCGCGCCCGAGGUGGUCCUGUGA